UCCAGGCAGUGGGACUGGACUGAAAACCCUUUCCAUCCACGACUGCAAAACCAGCAGCUCUCUUACACACACACUCACACUCACACACACACACUGAAACACGUCUCAAAACUCCCGCUGACAUGACUGUGAAAAAUCGGCAAAAGAACAGCGAGAAGAGCGCUGCAUCCAGCCACGACGAUGCGCCGAAGAAAAGCCAGAAGAGUAGCAAUAAUGGAGUGAGCGGCUCCGCACCUCAGGGGUCGCCACGGUCAGGCAGCUGCCUGGGGUUUCUUGUGACCACAGUGUUUUAUUUGGCGUUAAUAGGUGCUGCAGGGUUUGCUGCUUUUUAUGUGCAACAAGUAGUGGAGGAAAUCCGCCGGACAAACGCAAAGCAUGAGGAGAGCGCACGGCAAAGCGCAGAACUGAGCGGCAAAAUGGAGAGCGUCGUUCAACAGGUGGAGUCUCUGAGAAGUGUUGUGGAUGGGUUGGAGUCAUCUCUGGGCAUCACACGGGUGGAGCUGGAGGGGGCUGUCAGUCGAAUGAAGAGAGGCGAGGUGGAGACAAGGAGGGUGGAGGAGGCCCUUCAGAGGCUCCAGAAUGAUCUACUAAGGGACCUUUCAGAGGGCAUCAAUGAGGUGAAGGAGGCUCGAGAGAAGGACUUCUCCUCUCUGGAGAAGACUAUAGAGGAGCGCUUGGCUGAGGCCAGUCAGUCCAUUAAAGUGAGCGUGGCAGAGUUCACUGAAGCUCAAAGCGAGGCACAGAGCCAGCUGGCGGACCUUAAAGCCCGUCUGGGUGACACGGAAGACCCUACGCUCUUCAAACAAGAAUUAUCAGCCAUUGUUGAUGCUGUAGCUGAAAUUAAAACAGCCAAAGAUGCAGCUGACACUUCAGUUGAUUCCCUCAGAGUGCAAAUCAACGCAGUGAGGGAAGAGCUCCAGACUCGCAACCGAGAGGUGACCUCAAUGUCUCAGGAAGUUGAAGCAGUGAGGAAAGUAAUGCAAGACACCACUGGGAAUCUGAGGCAGUCUCUGUCUGCAACAGAGUCUUCAUUUCAGGUUCUCAAGGACAAGGCUGCGAUGAUAGAGAGAAGCAUGGAGCAGGUUACUGGUGCUGUUCGUAAUGUGGAGGAGCAAGUGAGUGAAGCAGCUGCUCAGGCCCUGAAGAGAUCUGAUGAACUCGAAGCCAGAGUCAAAGCAUCGGAGGAAAGUGGAGAGUCACUGUCUGCAUCAGUGUCAGAUAUCACCUCCAAAGUACAAUCGCUGUUUGCCAAAUAUGAUGCCCACGAGAGCAGUCUGGCUACACAGGGGAAGGCUGUGGAGAAUAUUAAAACUGAUUUGGAGCAAGAACUGGAGGCAGUGAAAAGCAGUGUGAAGGCUCUCCAGUCCAACAUAGCUGCUCUGGAUGGAGCCAAGACAGAGUUACCUUCAACAGACUCUGGCCUGGGUGAGCAGUUGGAGGACCUGGAGAGGAGGCUCGCUGCUUUGGAGGACAGCACCAGUAGAAUGAAGCCCGAGCAGCUGGAGAGCUUAAGAGACAUUGUAGCUGGAUUGGAAAGCAAAGCAGCCAAGCUAGAAGGUCACGAUCAGGCUAUUUCUGCACUGCAGGAAGCCCUGCAGAAGACCACAGAGUCACUGGCAGGCCUAUCUGAAGAGCCUGACAUCACAGAAGAGUAGCAAUGCCCCAUCCAAAAACAGGGACAAUAACAAUUCCAAACGGGUGACCAGCUUAUCCUAUUUUUACAAAUAAAGAUUUUUCAGAGCUGAUGAUUGAGGCCAUGAGGUUAGAAAAGAACAAACACAGGGACAGUUAGGUCAGGGGUGAGAGGGGCAGAGAUGGACUGCUGAUCUGUGAAUCCACACUCAUUCUGCACUGUACUUUUCUAAUGUUUUCAGUGUUUUGUUUUGUUUUUUAGACUCACUAUUUUGGGUGUCAAUUGGCUGCGUUUUUAACUUUCUUGUAGAUUAAUAAGCUCGUUUUGAGUACCCCGUUUUUAUUCACUUUUUUUUUUC